CCCCUCUUAAAUUGUGUAAAGUAGCCCCAAUGGUUUUAGCCUGUUCUGUUCAAUGAAGCUGAAGAAGCUAACUGCAAUGGCGUCGAGUAGUGAAUAGCCAAUAUUCUUCUGUAACUCCCAAUCAACGAGACUAUGUCCAGUCCAAGAUUCUUCUGCACAAACCUUUUCUCCCACCUUUUUCUUCUACAAAUUACCGAUUGCAAGUCGCAGAAGAGAUCAGAAACCAUCCUAUUCUUGCAGAAUCAUUUCUAAACUUGUGAAUUUUCACAGCGGAAGGUAAGCAGAAGAAGAAGCAGAAGCAGAAGAAGAAGAAGAAGAAGAUGGUUCAGAGUUUGAAGGUUGCGUUAUUGACUAGGCGAAGCCUUCAGAGUGUUCGUUUCCUCACUCAAACGAGAAACCACUGCUCUCUUCCCAGCCAUUCUGCUGACUAUGAUCACGAACAACAAGUGCUUGUUGAAGGCAAGGCUUGGUCCAGAACCGCUAUUCUUAACAGACCUUCGGCUCUCAAUGCUCUCAAUACUAAUAUGGGGGCUAGACUGCUGGAAUUGUACAGUUCAUGGGAAGACAAUCCUGAUGUUGGUUUUGUAGUCUUGAAGGGCAGUGGCAGGGCAUUUUGUGCUGGUGGAGAUAUUGUUUCACUUUAUCAUAUGAUCAACGAAGGGAAGAUGGAACAGUGUAAACAGUUUUUCAGCACAUUGUAUACUUUUAUAUACAUGGUCGGUACAUACCUGAAGCCCCAUGUGGCAAUUCUACAUGGCAUUACCAUGGGUGGUGGGACUGGAAUUUCAAUUCCUGGGACUUUUCGAGUUGCAACUGAUAAAACUGUUUUUGCUACCCCUGAAACGCUGAUUGGUUUCCACCCUGAUGCUGGUGCAUCCUUCCACCUCUCACAUCUGCCUGGUCGCAUGGGAGAGUACUUGGCUCUAACAGGAGAAAAGCUUAAGGGAGAAGAAAUGGUUGCUUGCGGGGUUGCCACACACUAUUCUCAUAGUUCACGACUUUCAUUAAUUGCAGAGCAUCUAGGGAAUUUGGUUACGGAUGAUGCUUCUAUUGUUGAAUCUUCAUUAGAUAAAUAUGGUGAUCUUGUUCAUCCAGAUAAAACGAGUGUACUUCACAGGAUUGAAAUACUUGAUAAAUGUUUCAGCCAUGACACUGUUGAAGAAAUCAUUGAUUCGUUGGAAGCCGAAUCAAGUGAAACAAAUGAUCCAUGGUGUAUCUCCACUCUAAAACGAUUGAAAGAAGCAUCACCAUUGAGCCUGAAGGUCUCUUUGAAAUCCAUACGAGAGGGAAGAUACCAAACACUCGAUCAGUGCUUGAUUCGUGAAUAUAGAAUGUCCCUACAAGGGAUAUCCAAGCAGGUCUCGGGUGAUUUUUGUGAGGGUGUUCGGGCUCGGUUGGUGGACAAAGAUUUAUCACCAAAGUGGAAUCCUCCUACCUUAGAGCAAGUAUCUGAGGAUAUGGUGAACCAGUAUUUCUCUCCACUCAGUGAAAUUGAGCCUGAUCUUGAUCUACCCACCAAACUACGAGAAGCAUUCCCUUGAUUUUGCCAUAUUCUUCACUUGGGCUCUCAACUUUACUAUUGAUAUGCUCAAAGUUAUUUACAGGGUUCACCUAAAAUCGCUUGGCCAAUCCUUCAGCAAAGUUUCAUCCAUUCAAAGAAUCAGUAUGCAGAAGAUUCUCUUCAGGUUGGUAACUCGUCAUUUUCGCUUGCUUUAUUGCCAUAAGACAGUUAAAAAUAAAUUAAAAUGGCCUCCAUUUUUAGAAUGUGUAAUUUCAUUACAUUAGUCCUUCUGAUAUGGGCGUUUCUGCUUGAGAUGUGUGAACUUAGAGUUUAUAUUGAUGAACAUUCAUUCUCGUUAAAUAAAUUAUAAUGCCCUCCAUUUUAUGUUCUUGGAUUGAUGAGCUUUUAGAAUUUGGAAUUUGAAGUUUUUACUGUGAAUAUACCUUUCAA